AAUUCCCUGCGCCUCCCAGAGUAGAUCAUGACCACACUCCUGCGGCUGCUGCUGGGCCUCAGCCUGGGCUGCAGCGGAGCAGGUGGCUUCCUGGCCCAUGUGGAAAGCACCUGUCUGCUUGAUGAUAAUGGAAUUCCACAGGAUUUCACAUACUGUGUCUCCUUCAACAAAGAUUUGCUGUCCUGCUGGGAUCCAAAGGAGAAAGCAAUGACCCCUUGUGAAUUUGGGGCACUGAAUAUCUUGGCCAAAUACCUCUCAGAUUCCCUCAACCAGCAGGAAAAACUGCUCCAGCGCUUGUCUGAGGGGCUCCAAGAUUGUGCCAACCACACGCAGCCCUUUUGGGGAUCGCUGACCCAAAGGACAAGGCCGCCAUCCGUGCAAGUGGCCAAAGCCACUCCUUUCAACACGAGGGAGCCUGUGAUGCUGGCCUGCUACGUGUGGGGCUUCUACCCAGAGGAUGUGACCAUCACGUGGAGGAAGAACGGGGAGCUUGUCCCCCCUCACGGCAGUGCCCAUAAGAUUGUCCAGCCCAAUGGGGACUGGACAUACCAGACCCUCUCCUAUUUAGCCACAACCCCCGCUUUUGGGGACACCUACACCUGCGUGGUGGAGCACAUCGGGGCUCCUGAGCCCAUCCUUCAGCACUGGACACCUGGACUGUCCCCGGAGCAGACAGUGAAGGUUUCUGUGUCUGUGGCAACUCUGGGCCUGGGCCUCAUCAUCUUCUCUCUGGGUUUGCUCAGCUGGCGGAGAGCUGGCUCCUCUGGCUAUACUUCCCUCCCAGGGUCCAAUUAUCCAGAAGGUCGGCACAUCUCCUAGAGGAGGGAUUCUGCAGCUCCCACACCAGAGGAGAAGGGCAUUCAGUCCCUCAGUGGUGCCCUGCGCCCCCCGACGUCCUCAAACCGUCCACUUCGUCUGGGAUCCCAGGGUUUCUCCAUCCAGCGCUUUGGGUUUCCCAGUCUCCUCCCUAGUAAACCUUAGCAACGUGGAGGACCUCAUUUCCGGGCAUAUUCUGUAAUCAAGCCAUUGCCCAAGGCUGUACUUCUGCGGUGGAU